GUACUCUAACCGUUUUCAACAGUUGCCGACUUUUACAGCAAAAUAAUUCCAUUACAAUACCAAAAUGGACACCAAGCAGAAAUCGACACGUUCGUCUUCCUUAAAAAAGACAAUUUUAGAAGAACAAGAUGAACACCAGUACACGCAGCUGAAGAAGAAAGACGUUGUUGCUGACGACCAGGUGACCGAUGGUGGAACUGCACGACCGCUCCUGCUCCUUGUGUUGAUAUUCAUAAUCGCACUUGGAAUACUGGGCCUUGUGUAUCUCAAUUUCCCAAAUCUCACACAGGAUGAAAAGCAGCAUAUCACAUUGCCGAAAAAUAUUGAAGAUGCAAAGAAUCUUGGGAAGGUUUUGUCAAGAUAUACCGACAAAUACUACUACCAAGUUCUUUCUGGCUAUUUUAUAGCAUACAUUUUCUUGCAGUCUUUUGCAAUCCCAGGCUCCAUAUUUCUGAGUAUAUUAUCAGGCUUUCUCUUCCCAUUCCCUCUCGCAUUGUUCAUGGUUUGUCUGUGCUCUGGUCUAGGAGCCACAUUUUGCUACCUGUUGUCAUUGCUAGUGGGGCGCAGGCUGGUGAUCAAGUACAUUCCAGAUCGCGUCCGUGAAUGGCAGGCACAUGUAAAUCACCAUAGAGAGCAUUUGUUGAACUACAUCAUCUUCCUGCGUAUCACACCGUUCUUGCCAAACUGGUUCAUCAAUAUAGCAUCACCUGUGAUCAACGUUCCACUUCUACCAUUCUUCAUUGGCACAUUUUUAGGUGUAGCCCCUCCCUCGUUCGUCGCCAUCCAGGCGGGGACCACGCUUCAUCAGCUGACCUCUUCUGGCGAUGCUGUCUCGUACAGGAGCAUGGCUGUCUUGGGGAUAUUUGCUGUGGUCUCUUUGCUUCCAGUUCUCUUCAAGAGGAAGCUGAAAGCCAAGUUUGAUUGAAAUCCUUGCGCGCAUGUAUAUUGCUGUGUCACUGUUUGGGAAAGCCUUAUGUGUGGAUUGGAGUAACACAUGCGAUUUUGAUGUGUUUUUUUCCGGAAAGGUCCAAGAAAUGGUAAAUGGUGCUGCUUUUGUGGACUUAGUAGGGAUUGGGUAUGCUUGUUGUUGUUUUUAUUCCUCUUUAUGAAUACAAAAUUACCCUGAGUUUAAGUUAAGUGGUUUAUUUUUUAACAGAAAACAGCAAUAGCACAUGAUAUGUCAGUGAAUAUGCUGUAAGGAUAGCACUUAUGUUGAAUUCAACAGUGGGUGCUCCUGAACAGCUUGUAUGAGUAGUGGGCAGCAUGGCAAAAUAUUCUAGUGUUUUUUACCAAAAAACUAAACAAUAAACCCCUACUAUAUCUAGAACAAUAGCAGAUUAUAUAACAUAAAAUGUACUAAAUGAAAUGUUUGGGCUGAAUGUAUUUAUUUAUUUGUAUCAUACUUAGUAUUAACUAACUAUAUAUAAUAUGCAUUAGUAUAAUACAUAGUAUUAACUAGUAAACAAUCUGUAUGUCACUGUAAUGUUAAUUAGAUGUAUAAAUUGUAUCUGAUUAAGCAUCCUACCUCCUUUGUUAAUAAUAUUAUUCUUAAUAAAGUCAACAAGAACACAUUUCUUUUUUAAAUGCAUGCCGUUGACAAAUAAACAGAUUUAACUCAAACCUUAAACAUAGAGAUUUUUUAUGGCCCCCCUCGCCACCUUUUGUUUGGUAUUAGUCAUAACUUUGACAUAUGUCAAUGGAAUAUAAAGUAACUUGGCACAAAGGUCAACCAUAUAUUAAGCCGACAUGUCACAUCUGAGUCUGGUCUUUCUAGCUCAAAUGGGCAGGUCACUCUUGAUAUUCAAAUUUGGUCAUUAAGCAGUGGAGUUUUUAGACAAAAUAUGAAACAUUGGGGCAUCAAAGUUCUAUGGGUACAUUUUUUUUUAUUGAUUUGUAAUUAUGUAUGUGUUGAUUUGUAAACUAUUUUAUUUCGUUUAAUUUAUUUAUAUUUUAAAUUUAUGUUUGUGUAUAUAUUUCUCCUUUUAAAUUGUUUGCAGUAAAAGCUGUUCAAAGUACUUGCUUAGCUUUCAACUUCAUUUUUGUUUAACUCAAUAUUGUCAAAAAAAUUGUUCUCAAAAUUGAAUUUAAAUGUAUGUGCAGGAAUUAUGAUUGGAAUAUUUUUCAAUGUUGUGAUACAUGGUUGGAAUUUAACAAAUAAAAACAUAUAUGUGAAUACAUGUACAUAUCUAAAAAGAAUUGCAAUCGUGAAAGCCUUUUACUUGUUCAUGACCAGCUUUUCUGUUCAAAUCUGUACUUUAUAGACUGGUAUUUCUCACACGAAAAAAGUUGUACUAUUGGUAUGUAUAAGAUAAAUAUGUCUAUUUAUUAGCUCGGCUGUUUUUCGGAGAAAACCCGAGGUAUUGUUAUAGCCAGUCCGUUGUCAUGUCCGCCGUCCGGUCCGCGUCAUGCUAAUGCCUUAACAUUUUGUCAAGGUUUUGAACAUUAGCUCUAAAAUCAAAGUGCUUCACCCUACAACUUUGAAACUUCAUAUGUAGCUGCACCUUGAUGAGUUCUACAUGCCACACACAUUUUUGAGUCACUAGGUCAAAGGUCAAGGUCAUUGUGACCUCUAAAAAAAAAAAAAUUCUGACAAGCUUUCAUCUAUUCAAAACUGCACCCACAGCUGAGCGUGGCACCCGUUAUGCGGUGCUCUUGUUUGAUGCUUCUGAUGGUUAAUAUAGAAAUAUCAGUGCAUUGAAACUGAUAUUUCACUGUUUCAAACCGUGAAAAAUAACAGUGAACAUUAUCGAUAAUUUUCAUUGUUUGAUUGAAAUUAUUUUAGAUAUCUUUGGUUUCCCCAUUGUGACCCCCUAAUGUUACCAAUAUUACCAAGGGAAACUACUCUGCAUUAAAAGUUUAUAAAAACAUUUAUAUAUGCUUCCCUUCAACAUUCAUGAAAUACAUGUUACAUAUCGAGGCGCCAAACUGGGAAUAAAAUUGUCCGUAAUGGCAAAAAAACACAAAUAAUCAUUUGUAAGCAUAUAAUAAAAAGAAAAUUUGCUGGAAUAGGUGGAAUAUUGAUUUUAAUUCACUCCUGGUCGUAGAAAAAAUAUUUUUCACAAGUGGCGCAUCAUUAUAAUCAAUUGCGAAUUAAAAUCGAUAUUCAACCAAAUCCAACAAAUAUCCUCUAUAUAAUCAUCUUUGAAAGCAGGAAAUAGCCAUUAUCAUUGAUAAUGUGUAUGUUUGGGUAUAUUCAGUAUUGGAGACAAAGGAGCCAUUACUUUAUUAUACCCCCACAAACGAAGUUUAGGGGGGUAUAUAGGAGUGAACUUGUCGGUCGGUCUGUCAUUCUGUCAGUCCGUAUUAAGUGUCCGCUCUCUAAUUCAAGUAGUUUUCAUCCGAUCUUCACCAAACUUGGUCAGAAGUUGUAUCUACAUGAUGUCUAGACCAAAGUCGAACAUGGGCCUUUCUGGGUCAAAAACUAGGUCACGGUGUCACUUCGUGCGUUUUAAACAUUCAGCAUGUUGUCCGCUCUCUAAUUCAAGUAGUUUUUAUGCGAUCUUCACCAAACUUGGUCAGAAGUUGUAUCUAGAUGAUGUCUAGGCAAAGUUCGAACAUGGGCCUUGCCGGGUCAAAAACUAGGUCACAGGGUCACUUAGUGCGUUUUAAACAUUCAACAUGUUGUCUGCUCUCUAAUUCAAGUAGUUUUCAUCCGAUCUUCACCAAACUUGGUCAGAAGUUGUAUCUACAUGAUGUCUAGGCCAAGUUCAAACAUGGGCCUUGCCGGGUCAAAAACUAGGUCACGGGGUCACUGAGUGCGUUUUUUAACAUUCAGCAAGGUGUCCUCUCUCUUAUUCAAGUAGUUUUCAUGCGAUCUUCACCAAACUUGGUCAGAAGUUUUAUCUAGAUGAUCUGAAGGCCAAGUUCGAGCAUGGGCCAUAGAAGAUCAAAAACUAGGUCACAGGGUCACUUAGUACGUUUUACACAUUGAGCAUAGUGUCCGCUCUCUGAUUCAAGUAGUUUAAUAGUUUAAAUCAGAUCUUCACCAAACUUGGUCAGAAGUUGUAACUAGAUGAUGUGUAGGUCAAGUUCAAACAUGGGCCAUGCCGGGUCAAAAACUAGGUUACGGUGUCUCUUAGUGUGUUUUAAACCUCAUUAUGUUGUCCGCUCUCUAAUUCAAGUAGUUUUUAUCCAACCUUCACCAAAUUUGGUCAUAAGUUGUAUCUUGAUAAUGUCUAGGGCAAGAUUGAAUAUGGGUCAUGCCGGGUCAAAAACAAGGUCACAGGGUCACUUAGUGCGUUUUAAAGAUCACAACGUUGUCCGCUCUCUAAUUCAAGUAGUUUUCAUCCAAUCUUCACCAAACUUGGUCAGAAGUUGUAUCUAGAUGAUGUCUAGCUCAAGUUUGAAUAUGGGUCACGCCGGGUCAAAAACUAGGUCACGGGGUAUCUUAGUGCGUUUUAAACCUCACCAUGUUGUCCGCUCUCUAAUUCAAGUAGUUUUCAUCCAAUCCUCACCAAACUUGGUCACAAGUUUUAUCUAAAUGAUCUCUAGGACAAGUUUGAACAUGGGCCAUUCUGGGCCUAAAACUAGGUCACGGGGUCACUUGGUGUGUUAUUUAACAUUCAGCAUGGUGUCCGCUCUCCAUUUCAAGUAGUUUACAUCCUAUCUUCACCAAACUUGGUCAGAAGUUUUAUGGAGAUGAUCUCAAGGCCAAGUUAGAACAUGGGCCUUUCUUGGUAAAAAACAAGGUCGAGGGAUCAAUUAGUGCGUUUUAAAAAUUGAGCAUGGUGUCCGCUGUUUUUUGUGAAGACGACAUGCAAAAUAUUAUGUGUCAAUGCGGCAUGCGGGGGUAUUCGUCACGUCUGUGACAAAGCCCUAGUUGCUUCUGGAUAUUUAUAAAACUACAACUGCCUUAACCUGUUGAAUCUCAUUCCCAAAAAUUUGUCAGAUUUGUCAUGUUUAGAAUGCGCUUCAAGGUUAAACAGAAUGAUUAAAGUAAAAGUCGGAAAAACUGUAUUUCCUAAACAAACAGAAAUUAUUUACAAUUUAGUUGAAUGUUUAUAUUAAACUGUAUUCUUUUAUUCAAAAUAAGCAACAUUUUUGAAAUGUAUUGGCAUUUUAACUAUUGGUUAUGUAACAAGUUUAUGACUGUAUAGGCCAUAGUUUUGAAUCACAAUAUUGCUAUAUGCCUGUGUGCUUAUGUUAGUCAAGGCACAUGUGUUUGAAUCACAUUGAAUGAUUUAUGUUAUGGUCUGUGAGUAUGGUCUUGUUAUGUUUAUACAGAAUUUGUGAUGUUAAUUGAAAGUAAAACAGUCACUAUUCACUACAUAAAAGUAAAAACAUGAUGUUGUGUAGGUUGUUGUAAGAAAUGUGUACCAAAAUAAAAAAAAUCUGAUCUGUGCCCAUAUUCACCAACCUGACACUUAAUAAUUAAGAUUAGACUUAGCUUGAAGAAAGGUUGAUUCAGUGGGUGAAUGUAUACUGGCUACAAACGUGUUCUAUGUCAAUAUGUAUUUGUUGUUAGAGAAGAAAUGUGUGGUAAUAAGUGUUAAAUUCCAUGUAAAUAAUGAACUGUAUUAGAACAUACCAGUUUUAAGAAUACUCUUUAUUUUUAGUCUUGAGACUAAGAAUUGGUUCGUGUAUUAUCCAGCCUGAAGUCAAAAUGUCAGAACUCUUCGUUUUUGGAAUUGAACCUUUGGCAACAGUUUCCUGCCAAUUGUUGAAAUAUACGUCAUACUUUUAUAUAUUCGGAGAAAAGGUCUUAUUUAUCAUUGAAGGUACUCAUUUUAAUUGUUUGUAUAAUAAUAUAAUAAAGCCAUAAAACUUGAUGCUCAAA